AUGUCUUCACCAGCCCAACUUCGAUACGCCAUGCGAGCGACCAACGGUGUAUAUGAGUCACUCCUCGAACAGGUGGACACGGGCGGCUCUGCGUAUCUGGCAAACUGCGAGUACUCACGUGAUUUCAUGCACAAGACUCGUUGGAAGGACGGCUUCGACUUCCAGACGGCGUCCGGCAAUGAGUUCAGAGCCUGCAUCUUUGGGGAAAUUCAACGCUCAGCUGUUGGAACAAAGCUUAGCGCUGUCGGCUCGCAUUUUAUAGGCCGAGGCACGCCUAACUACAUUACCGAUGAUACCAAAGUCAAAAAUUUAUUCAUGAUUGGGAUCCCCACGCUUUGCUCCACUGAGCUCCAGGACCGCUAUCACGACCAAUUUGUCGCAAUCAAUGAAAUCGUAGAAGCCGACAGACUCGAAGAUCAAGCCGCCAACAAAAUGUACACUAAUAAAGAAGCUGUAGUCGUCGUGAACACUGACUACAUGUUCGCGGUCACAUCUCUCCCAAAAUAUAUCGUGCCUCGAAUUACUCCGGAACACGUACCGACUCUCCAGCGUCUAUUGAAACAUUCUCGAGAUGUCGCUUCCUCUGCAGAACCGGACCCCGCUUUGGAAGACGCCGAAUGCGCAUCAGGCUCAGACUCUAAUAGUGGAAAAAAAGGAAUCAAAGUCGGCGAUACGUACGAACCAACCGUUUUAAACGAUUACGGCGGUCCGCUGUUCCAGCACGUCCACAGCAAGUUAGUCCAACAUGACAUUUCGACACUCGAUAAACGCAUUAUCCCACCUUGGGCAGAAUAUGAUGCGUUAUCAGAGGGCACCUUGGUCAUCAUCACUAUAUCGGUACAUACAUUUAUUAUGCCCAUGAAAGACAAUCAAGGAAACUUCACUGGGCAAGAGAGAAGGGUUUACCAACUAAACGCUCACAGUAUUCUGAUAGUGGACGAAUCCGAUACGGAAGCAGAGCCACGUUACAGACCAUAUACGAAUGAAGAAGCUGCUGCCGUUACCGCUGUGGCACCAAUCGAAACCGCGGCGGAUCGCGCCCUCGCUACGUUCAAGGUCAAAAAGGCUCGACAUGAAUCCCCGCCAGCGACGUUGAACAAAAGCAAAGGAGAGCCCACCUCUCCAGUCAAGGCAUCCUUUAGCCCGAACAAGACACCUGUGAAGCCUACCCAAGCCAUCAAACAAACUAAAAAAACAGCAGUUGGGAAGGCUACUGGUCAGCGUCCGACUGCUAAGGGUAAAGAAAAGGCCACCUCAGUAGCUUUGUCGAAAUCCACAUCGGAAACAGCCGAAUCGGACUCCCUUGCCGAUGAAGAUCAGAUUAUGGCAGAGGUUGAGGUUAAUUAG